AUGGCUGGGUUAGAUGCUGAGGACGGGGAAAUUGUGUGUCCUGGGGCUCUUUGUGUCAUGGUGAAACUGAUUUGCAAGCUCUACAAUGAGGCUCACCCAGAACUAUCAUGGGAAAUCCAAUACGCUGUGGCCAAUCACAUCCAGUCCUUGAUGAAGAUGGAAAAGAAUCGCCAGGUGGCCUGUGGAGCUGGCCUGCUGAACGCUCUUGUUACCUCAUGCUUAGAGGUGCUACACAACGACAACAACGCCUUGCAUCUGCCUCUAAUCAGACUCUUUGAGAAACUUGCGUCCCAGUCAAUUGAGCCCAAUGUCUUAAGACAGUUCCUUUGCCUCAGGACAACAUGGCUGCUUGUAGCACCAGGGCCUGGUGUAAGUCCAUCCUCAACUUCUCUCUGUGGCAGAAGUGGCUCAUGUCAUGCAUCUUGGAAUGAAGGUUCCGUAGUCACUACAGCGAAAAGUUCCGCAGAUCUUCAUCGGGCUUCCCUGGGCUCAGACGCAUCCUGGGUAUCCAACAGCUCUGCCGUAGCUCUCCAGGCAGCCAUGAGCCUGGUCUCCAUGACGACGCCACGCAGCCUGGAUUCCCAUCAUGCCUGCCUGGCACCUUCAUUUGUGGAAUUUGACAUGUCCCUGGAAGGAUACGGCAUUGUCUACCUGUUCUGGCCCCAACGGUGA